UCUAACAGAUUGCACAGAGAUUUCACACAAGAUUUACUAUCAGUAUAGACCAGUAGUCUGAAAAAUGAAGACCCUAGUACUACUUGUUCUGUACACGUCAGCCGUAUACUCUCAGUUUCAGUUGAACAAACUUAGCUACUUAAAACUUCCCUAUACUACCAACAAUGAUUAUGGAUUUUUAAGAAACGCUGCUCACAAAGCUGCUUAUGAUUCACAAGAACGGAUACUGUAUGUGUUAGGUAGUCAAUCAGGAGCCAAUCAACCACGUCUUCUUCAUGUUAUUGAUAUUUCUAACCCGUCCGCCCCUAAUAAACUCUACACCCACUCAUUUGAUGCUGUUGACAAUGGAAAGGCAAAUGAUAUUGCCGUUUGUGGUGACACGGUAGCGGUCAGCAUAGAAUCAUCGUUAGCCACUAAAGAAGGACACGUGGAACUCUUUAGAACUUUUCAACGUGGUAAUGUUCAGCUAGUUAGUUUUGGAAGAGAACAAGUUGGAGUUGAUCCUAAAGGACUUGCUUUUACGUCUGAUUGCCAGAAGCUUAUCAUCGCUAAUGAAGGUCGUGGUAACUUGGAUGAAAUUGCUCAGUCUUUUGUUGAUCCACCAGGGACAGUAACGAUUCUCCUUAGAAAUGACGUUGGGUCUCCAGCUUUGGUCACAAUCAGUUUCGAUCUGUUUUUAUCUGGCAGGGAAACCGAGUACCAAAAUAAAGGAGUAAGGUGGGUUUAUCGAGGAAACCAUAAUGCUGGUAUAAUAAACAAAAUGUCUGACGACCUUGAACCUGAACAAGUUACCAUUAGCAACGACCAACGAUUCGCUUAUAUCUCUCUUCCUGAAAAUAAUGCAGUUGCAAGAAUUGAUAUCAAUGCAUAUAAUGUUAAUGAAAUAUUUCCUCUUGGAGAAAAGAAUUGGCAGUAUUUCGGUAUCGAUUGCAGUGAUCAAGAUGGAGGGGGGAAAUUAUCGUUCUAUCCGGUUUAUUCCAUGAGACAAGCUACUGAUAUUGAGAUCACUACUUUCAAUGGUAUGGAGGUUAUAUUAACUGCAGAACAAGGAAUGAUAAAACGAUAUACUGCUGCCCAAGGCGACGAAUUUGACGAAUCUAAGCGAGCAAGAACAAUUGCCCAAGAUGGCGAAUUUGCUGAAUCAGAUAUUUCAUGGACGGCUGACCUUUCAGCAGCAGUGCGCGAUAACCAACGUCUUGGUCGAUGGCAAGUGCGGCAUUCAGAUGCCCCUAAAUCCGCAUUGGGUUCUAUUGAAACUGUUCAGGGUUACGGAGGUCGUGGUAUUUCUGUUCAUCAGACACAAACCUUUACUAGACUGUACGACACUGAAGAUGAACUUGAAAGAAAGGAAUUGGAAAAUUAUGCGUUAACUUUCAAUGGUGAUGCAAGUAAUAGUGCCUAUUCUCCUCUUCAGGAAAUAGAUGAAAGAUCUGAUGAUCAUGGUCCAGAACCUACUGCUAUAGCAGUUGGUAUGUUCGAUUCCACACCUAUGGUAGUUGUUGGAACAAAAACCGGGCUCAUUCAUGUUUAUCGUGAUGUUAAUGCUGCUUUACGACAUGAAAGUGUGCACCGUGAAGGACAAAUAGCUCAAACUUGGAAUACGCUGUACAAAAACAACCAGACUGGUGAUAGCGUCAUAACAGAUAUCGGGAUUAUCAACCAAGCUCAAUCACCAAAUGGAAAAGUUUUAGUUUGGGCUAUUGGUUCUGCGUCAGGAUCCCUUGGCAUCUAUGAGCUGCAGUUUGUCAGCAACUGAUACCAGUUUUAUCGAAAUUUUACGAUUUAUAUAGAACGGGUUACCUAAAAUAAAGCAUGUUUUCAUAUAA